CUACACUGCUUUAUAUGUCUCUCUCCACUAUCUUACUCGUCCAGAACAAGUCUUCUUCUUUCUUCUAUUCUAUCAACUUAUAUAUAAAAUCCAAACUCCAGUUUUCAUCUAUCCAUCUCAGCCAAACACAUUUCUCUUCUAUUCCUAUAUAUCUUUAACACUAACCUUUUCUUUUUCUUUAUUUUUUCAAACAAAAUAUCCAUAAUAUUCCUUCUUGUUAAGAAAAAGGAAAUUACAGAAAACAAAAUCUGCUACUAUGUUGCCAAGAAGUAGAACUCUUCCAAGCAGAAUCCAUCACGGAGCUAUAGAAGAAAGGCAUGACAUAAAGCACUACUUACAACUUGAAGUACAACCAGUAGCUAAAAGUACUCGUAAUAAUCCUAAUCCUAAUGAAAAUGGAAGUGAAGCAAUAAAUCCUCAACCCAACUAUUCCAAAUGCUUUGAUGAUGAUGGCCGCUUGAAGAGGACCGGGACAUUUUGGACUGCAGCUUCUCAUAUAAUUACAGCUGUGAUAGGGUCCGGAGUGCUAUCAUUGGCAUGGGCCAUAGGGCAGCUGGGUUGGGUUGCAGGGCCAGCUGUUAUGUUGCUUUUUGCCUUUGUUAACCUCUAUACUUCUAACCUACUAGCCCAGUGUUACAGAACUGGUGACCCUGUCAAGGGACACAGAAAUUAUACUUACAUGGAUGCUGUCAAGGCUAAUUUAGGUGGAAAGAAAGUUUUUUUCUGUGGGUUGAUUCAAUAUCUGAAUUUGUUUGGUGUUGCAAUUGGCUAUACUAUUGCCGCAUCAGUUAGCAUGAUGGCAAUAAAGAGAUCAAAUUGUUUCCAUGCAAGCGGAGGGAAAGAUCCAUGCCACAUGUCAAGCAAUGGAUACAUGAUAGCAUUUGGUAUUACAGAAGUUAUAUUUUCUCAGAUACCUGACUUUGAUCAAAUAUGGUGGCUUUCUAUAGUUGCAGCUAUAAUGUCUUUCACUUACUCCACAGUUGGUCUUGGUCUUGGCAUUGGCAAAGUUGCAGGAAAUGGAGCAGUCAAAGGAAGUCUUACUGGUAUCAGCAUUGGGACAGUAACACAUGCAGGAUUAGUCACUGCUACCCAGAAGCUCUGGAGAAGUUUCCAAGCUCUUGGAGCUAUUGCCUUCGCAUACUCUUAUUCUGUCAUUCUCAUUGAAAUUCAGGACACAGUAAAAUCUCCUCCUGCAGAAUACAAAACUAUGAAGAAAGCAACUACUUUUAGCAUUGCUGUGACAACAAUUUUCUACUUACUAUGUGGAUGCAUGGGCUAUGCAGCUUUUGGUGAUAGUGCACCUGGAAAUCUUUUGACUGGUUUUGGAUUCUAUAACCCUUAUUGGCUGCUAGACAUUGCCAAUAUUGCGAUCAUUGUGCACCUUGUCGGCGCAUACCAGGUGUACUGCCAGCCAUUGUUCGCAUUUGUAGAAAAAUGGAGUGCUCAUAAAUGGCCAAAGAACGAUUUUGUGACAGCAGAAUAUGAAAUACCUAUCCCCCAUUGUGGUGUUUACCGGUUGAACUUCUUCCGGAUAGUUUGGAGAAGCAUAUUUGUGAUAGUGACAACUCUAAUUGCUAUGCUGAUGCCUUUCUUCAAUGAUAUUGUUGGAUUGCUUGGUGCUCUGGGAUUCUGGCCAUUGACGGUUUAUUUCCCAAUUGAGAUGUAUAUUUCUCAGAAGAAGAUCGGACAGUGGACUAGCCGGUGGAUUGCCCUUCAGAUUCUCAGUGUCUGUUGUCUCUUCAUCACCAUAGCUGCUGCUGUUGGCUCAGUGGCCGGAGUUGUUCUUGAUCUCAAAACCUACAAGCCAUUUAAAACUAGUUAUUGAAAGAAAGUUAUAGCAGCUUCUGUUGUGUGAGUAGUAGUUACAAAUAAUUAAGAAAAAUCUAGCUGUCUAUGCAAAUGUAUUCAAGCAACUGUUAAUGUUAAUUUGAUCAGCAGGUGUUAUUUCAAGUUGAUAUAA